UGGGCCAAGAUGGACCUUCAUCUAUAUACCUGUUUCUUUUUUAUUUUUGUUAUAGCAGAUGUCAAUGCGGGACAAUGUCACCAUACCUUACAACGUUUGACAUUCACAAUGUCGGAACACAACGAGAAGUUGACAUUGCGUCUCCUACAGCCCAUCAUGGUUGAAAGAUUAAAAAUUCGUCUGUGUGACCAUGAACGAACAUUGGCUCACGAGAAGUUCAAUGUAACAUUUCUAGACGCGUCAGAUUUAACGCACCAAGAACGUAUUUACUCUCAGGAACUGAUUGGAGAAUUUGCGGAUGCAUCAAACUUCAUCGUAUUGUUUGAACCUGCCAUGUACACGAGAACAGUACACAUCAACAAAUGGCAUGCCUUGAAAUGUUCAACAUUGCAUGUCCUGGGAUGCACUCCAUACGACAUGUUUAAUCAAAGUUUUUGCCAAAAUGGUGGAAAAAUAGUCAUUAUUGCGCAUGCCCGACCGGAUUUAUGGGAGCAGCUUGCGAACGUCUUG